UAUAUACCUUAAGGUGUGAUCUAUUAAUAGAUAGGAAAAUCCAAAUUUCCACUUGUUUACAUUUUUGUUUUCAGAUUAUCUCCCUUUCCAAAUCCCAGAUUAUUUCACAAGUGAGAGUCAUUCAUAUAAAUAAGAAGAAAAGAAUUGGUGUGAUGACGGCAUAAAUAUUUGACGAGUGAUAUUAGGGUAACUUUAUAUCAACAUGGAUAUUGAAUACAAAUUAGUUGGAAGAAAUGACUUGCUGCAACAGUAUUCAGAAGCAUGGACAAACAAUUGCAGAAUAUUUGGAUAUUAUGGAAUGGCAAAAGUUGGCAAAACAAGAUUAUGUGCCGAAUUUGUUAAGAAUCUACAAGAAACGGAGGAUAGCAAAGUGGAAGUAACUGAGUUUGACUUCAGAGACGGUGACCUUGACACGUAUGAUAACUUUGAAGCUCUCCUUUUUCUUAAAUUUCAAAUUGACAGCAAUCAUAGAUCAUCAGUUGGUCGGGAGCAAAUAUUACAAUAUGUGAAAAAGAAGCCUGAUACAAAGUUCAUUUUUGUCUUUGACAGUUUAGAGGAGGCAAUGCCUAAAGCACAAAAAGAUGGAUCUGGCCCCGACAAAUUUGCGGAAUCCUUAUGGGAUAAAAUAUAUCAAAACAUUGUGCAUAAAUUCCUGGCUAAUAGUAGUAAUAUUUAUUUUUGUUUGACAUCAUGCACUUGGGCAAAGUUUGGCCAGUGGUCAAAGAUUGCCUAUUUACAGAAUGUGCCAGCUCUGAACAAAUCUGACUCAUGCCAGCUUCUGAAGGAAGUGUUAUCUGAUCAAAAUGAGGAUACAUCUUGUUUAGAGACUAUAGCAGAUCUUUGUGAUGGCUUACCUGGUUCAAUUGUAAAUGUGGGAAGUGACAUAAUCAGAAGUACAGAACUGACCAAUGAAGACAUGGUAUCUAUUUUGAUUGAUAGGAAAUUAGCAGCACUGAGUGGAGAAUUUCUUCCUGCUUCUGUAAGAAUAGAUAGUAGUUUCAAUGGUAUGAUAAGAAAACUAUCUGAUGAGAGAAAAGACAACUUGAGAGUUAUAGCAGCUAGUGGAUCAGAAAUGUCUAUGUCAGUAGGAGCACAGGCAUUUGAUUAUGAUAAACAAGCUCUAUUCAAGUUUGAUGUUUUGAUACCAUUGAAAUACAGAAGUCUUGUUGACGCCAGUAUGAAGAGUAAAGGCAUUUCUGUUCAUCCUGUCACUCAAGAGUUCAUGAAGGUUCAUCAUGCCUCCACAACACUUAGAGAUAAAGCAAUUGCAAAAAAGAUACAGAAAUUGAUAGAAGAGAUUUGUGAACAGCAGGACAAAGCACAAGGCAAAUCAAUGGAAUAUAUAGAUCAGUUGAAAGAUUACAAAAGUAAAGGUUGUCCAGAGAACUACAACCCAGUCUCUGGUGACAGAAGACGCAGCUUGGAGCCCUCUUACCCUUCAAGUAGGGAUACAAGUUCAGAUAACAUUAGAAUAAGAACAAAUAUUUCCCAUACCUCAACAGGGAAUCCAAGACUUAAUGAUCUGUCCCCUGCAACAUCGACAGAGAAAGAAGACAAACAAGGAUUCCCAUUCCCUGCUGAUACAAAUUUACAUAAAUCAAUGGAACAGAAACCCAGUUUUAGGAAGGAUAUUAAAUAUGCAGGAAGUGGUAUUAGUGGUGAGAUGAAAUGUGAAAGUGGCUAUCAGGCUAACAUUAAUGGUGAACAGAAAGAGAUAAGACAAAAAAGACUCAGUGAGGUUAAAAUGAAUCUUGGCUGCAGUAUUGAAGAAAAUGACAGGAUUGCAGUAACUUCAGAAAGAAGACUUUCUGACAUUAUUAAACGUAACAAUUUGAGUCGUUCAGCCAGUGCACAAGAGAUGUUCAUUGAAACAAAAGCAAAUAAUCUUAGCAGGGCCAUGACUCUACAAGAGAGUUUGACACAGCUCCAGUUUAAAAGAAAGACUUUGAAUAGAGCAGAUGCUUUUGAAGAACCUGGAGAAGUUAAGUGGGAUGACUGUAGUGGGAGUUCUCAAAACAUACUGGCAGAAAGCAUGUCUCAAAGUAGUAUUUGUUCAACAGACAGUAGGAAUUCUUCAUGUGAAAGAAAUGAUACAAUUUCUAUGGAUGACAAUGUGAAUAUACCUUGUAACGAAUCAGGAAACGAAGUGAAGUUCAAUAUAUACAGUGACAGUUUUAGUCCUGAUGAUUUGAAACAAGAUCUGAGAUCAAAUGAUCCUCCCAUAGUGCGGCCUAAAACAUCAUUGACUCACAGUCCAAUUAAAGAAGAAAAUGAUAAUUCUUUAAAAAGACUUAUAUUUGGACAAGUAGACCUAACAUCUGUAUCAGAGAGUGAAACCUCUUUAAAAAGACCAGUUGAACAUUCUUGUUCUUUUGGACCAACUUUGGACCCAAAUUCCUUACUGGACGAAAGUGUUUCAAAUAAUUUAGAAUCACAUUGUGUUUGUCAAGGAAAUAGCCCAAGUUCUAGUCAGCAGUCGUCAUAUAAGGACCCUAAUAUGCCAAAACUUUCACUUCUGUCUCUUUUAUCAAAAUCUAGUCAAAAAUCUGCGGAGGCCAGUAUGGAUAGACCAGAACAUUUACAAACAGUGUCUGUACCAGUUAAUAGUGCUAGUCCUCCAAGUGCAAACAUUGGUUCAAGGUCAAAUGCAUCAAAGGUGCCAAAUCGUGCUGAAAACUUGUUGAAUAUUAUCAAGAAAAUAUCUGAAGAUAAAUCUUGACAUCAGUUAUUAGUAGUAUUAAUAAAUGAAGUGAAAAAAAUUGAAUUAAA